CACCAAAAUCAGCACCCACUCGGCGUGCAGCCAUUGAGAAGAGCUCCCAACAACAAAUCCAAGGGCCUCGAGGCAUUGUCCACCCUCCACCGAACGCCCGUUGGAGGCCGACGAGACCGGACCCGAGAAGCAAAAUUCAAACCUUCAGCCCUCCCUCUGCGGCAAAAAAGGUGGCAGCGAAACCAUCAGACGCCAACCACAAGCCAUGGACCGGUACUCGAGGUCCUUGCGCCGGAGGGCGUCCCAGGACACCAUCUUCUCCAUGCUGGAGCUCGAGCCGUCGCCCAUGGACGUCGAGACCGACCUGCCCGACCUGCCCGAGAAGGACAGCGCCAGCGCCGCGUCGACAAGAUCCAGGGGCGCCAGCUCAGGCAGCACCACCGCCUCGCUAGGCCUGAGCGGCACCGGCCAAGGUCCAGUAUGGUACUUGACACGGGUCCAGCGCUGGUCCUCCUAUACCUUCACCAUCUUCGCCUCGGUCCACUUCGCCACCACGUCGCUAGUGCCGCUGCUCACGCGGUCCGUCGCCGCGUCCGAGUCGUACCUCCUCCUCUCUCGCGAGAUCUACCAGACGCGCCUGUCGGAGCCCCUCCUCGUCGCCGUCCCUCUGGCCGCCCACGUGGCCGCGGGCAUCGCGCUCCGCCUCGUGCGCCGCUCCCAGAACCUCCAGCGCUACGGGGGCGCCACGCCCGCCAUGCUGCCGCAGCACCACGCUUCGGCCGCCGGCAAGCAAACACACCCUCACCACAACCACCACCGCUACAGCCCCUGGCCGGCCGUGUCGACGACGGCGCUGGCGGGCUACGGCGCGUGCGGGGCGGUCCUGGCGCACGCCGGGGUCAACCGCGUGCUGCCGCUGCUGGCCGAGGGCGACAGCGCCGACGUGGGGCUCGCCUUUGUCGCGCACGGCUUCGCGCGCCACCCGGCGCCGUCGUGGGCCGCCUACGCCGCCCUCGUCGGGCUGGGCGUCGGCCACGCCGUCUGGGGCUGGGCUCGCUGGCUGGGCGUCGGCCAGGCCGCGUCGUGGUCCGGCACUGUUGUUAGCCGCUCCGAGAUGGUGGACGGCCGCGUCCGCAAGCGCAGGAGGAGGUCAUGGCUGCUCGUCAACGCCCUGGCCGCCUCGGCCGCCCUGCUGUGGGCCGCCGGCGGCCUGGGCGUCGUCGCAAAGGGCGGCCUGACGCCCGGCUGGGUCGGGGACCUAUACGACGGCCUGUAUCAGAGGGUGUACCUGUGAUGGAGGGUUGGAUCGAUGGUGGUUGCAUUACACCGAGGUUAUUGGGUUUUAUAGAGCAAGCAAUGUACAUAUCGAUUCGUCAGAGCGACGGCGGCCAAAUAAAAGAUGCAGAUCCCGGGAACACGCUAGGCCCGGUGGCGUCCCAACGCAAAGCAAUAAUCAUCGCAUCAG